UGUGAUCUACAGUGUUCUCGAUGGAAUAUAAUCAAUAAUAUGCGGUAAUGGUUAAAGAGGGAUUCUCCAAGUGACAUUUCUGGAUAUGGAAUGUUGUGAUCCUGUUGAGUAUGGCAUGGAUAAAGCUCUGUUUGCUCUUCUUGUUAUGUUUAUCUCUACUACAAGUAACUAUAACUGAAAAUAGCCAAAUAGUAUCACUCGUGGUUCAAAGCAAUGUCGAGGAAACGAAGGCAGUUCAAAUACACAACUCCUCUUCAGUUGCUCCUGAGACGCAAUGGAAAGUGGCAAAAGUGCUCAAACAAGCACAAGAUAGAGAAACACGUGCAGUAGAAGAAGUCUUAAGGGAGCAGAAAGAAGAUGGAACGCAGCAAGAAGAAGAAAUGUCGGAAGCUGUUGCUGUGAACCAAGAGAAGCUUUUACUAGAGAUGAGGAACGAAGAAAAUCCAGUGGAAAGGGGAAAUGAUGAUAUAGACACAGUUGCCAAACUUUUUCAGUGGUCCAUUUUAGCCUCAACCAAUAGGAAUACUGAGAAAGUGAUUGAGAAGAAGCCACUAUUGGAAACUGAAACUGGAAUGGAUAAACAGAAACGAGAGGAAAGUGUUUCUUUUAUUCAACAUGUGACCCAAUUUUUCCGCAAAGCUCGAAGUCACGUAAACGGUGCAUGGAGUAGGAAAGCUCGUUCAUUGAAUGCCAAGUAUGAUGCAGAACUUGAGCAGGAUUUGUUGUAUUCUGUCUUGGUGGAAUUGUUUGAAGCAAAGAAUGAAGCAGAGAAAACAAAAGCUUUGGAAAUACUAGCAGAGUUGGCACACAAAAUGGAGAAUGCAAAAGAUAUUAUGGCAUUAGGAGGACUUGAAAGAGUACUUGAACUUUUGAAUUCCCAUUCUGCUAGAGUUCGUUCUUUGUCGUUAUACACACUUGCAGUAUGUGCACAAAAUAAUGAAUGGGUCCAGACAUACCUGAUGCAACCCACACGACUGGAAAAAUUGUUGCAUAUGGCAGAAGGAGAUAAGGAAUCAAAAGUGAGAACUACAGCUCUUCUUGCUGUAUCUUCAAUCGUUGAUAAUAGACAAGGAACGGAUAUGUUAAAAGUUAUCGAUGGAGUAGAGAAUGUCUUGCGUGAUGCUGUACAAAACGAAGAUGACUUGCGAGCUAUUAGAAGGGCUCUCAAUUUAGCUAGUGAGUUGGUUCUCUUGGAUGCUUCUCAAUGGUUAGAAAAGUUGAAACGUGUUGGAUUUUUUGAGUUUGCUGAAUAUUAUCUUGAACAUCAUGAAAAUAUGGAUAUUCGAGAAAGUGCAGCACAAUUGUUAUCUUUGCUACAAUAAAAUGAAAGCUUUUGUAGAAAUUGCGCAUUUUUGUCAGGACGAUGCCGGCAUAGCUCAGUUGGCUAGAGCGUCAGCCUAACAUGCUGAAGGUCGCGAGUUCGAGCCUCGCUGCUGGUACUUGUUUUUUGGGGGUAUAUAUAUGCGUAUAGGGCGUAGAAUCAUAUAUUUUUUUGGUUGUUUGUUUUAUCUCACUAUUACUUUAUCCAGUAUAGGUGUUGCAACACAGACUUUGAGAGGUGGUUGCUGUGUCACUUUGAAGAAACGUGAGAAUAUUUCCAUCCUGUGACAGCAAGUUUUCAAGUGUUUCUUUUGGUCUUUGGAAGAACUGUUGUUGUAUUAUAUAUAUAUUCUUGUAUGUAAGCAGUGAUGUGUUGAUACGGAAAGCAGCAAAAAUAUCUUUGGUUUUAGAAACCUCAAGAGUUUUUUCUGUUUUUGUAAAGGCUGAGUGAAGAUUGAAGUGAUAUGUUAGAGUUUAUGUUCCUUUUCACUUGUAUAUUUAUCGAAAAGAACUGCUGGUCUUGGAAAUUAGAUAGUAACAUUAUUUGGUAGCAACAAUAACAUUUUAUCAUACUUCAUAGCGUAGAAUAUGAAGAAUAUGGCUGAUAAUAGAAACCUUAACUAGGAAAAGCGAUC